AUGGUAGAGAUUCAAAAAGCAUUUAAACAAGCAUUCCUACGACUAGUUAAUAGAGUUGGACAGCUUGAAAAAUAUCCAACAGGCUUCCAUAAUAGGUCAAUUCUUUCAUCCAUUUUAUUUGUUCCUGAAAAUAUGCAAUCGUCAAGAAGAAAUUUAUUACGAGAUUAUAAUGAAAAUGGGUUGAGCAAAUUGGUGCAAGGAACAAGUAGUGAUUUAGAAACGCUACUAAAACCUUGUGAUUAUGAAUUUAUAGCCAAAAAAUUUGGCAGAGAAAUUGAAGAGUCAGAUUAUCAUCGUAACAUUAGAGUCAAUUCUUUAUUGAGAAAACACAAACCAGCCAGAAGCUUUAGAUCUCAAAAUAAUAAAGAUAGGAAUUUGAAUAAAGAUGACUAUUAUUUUGAGGCACUUGACUCUGAUUAUUGA